AUGAACCGUCCAGUAGCUCAGCCCCUCAAAGUCCUUAUCGUGGGCGCUGGUAUCGGGGGUCUAUCUGCCGCCAUAGCUCUGCGUGCCGCCGGGCACGAGGUGGAGAUAUUUGAAUCGAGUCGUUUCGCGGCCGAGCUUGGUGCAGCUAUCCACCUUCCGCCCAAUGUCAAUGGUGUUUUGCGACGGUACGGCCUCAAGCCAGAGACAUGGGGUGCCAACAAGACGGAAUGGGUAUCCGUCUUUGAUUCGCAAGGCAAUGUCAUUAGCCAGAAGGACGUAUCAAGCGUUGAAGACGAAUACCACCAUCCAUGGCAACUCAGUCAUCGCGUGGACCUCCACGAAGCCCUGAAGAUGGCCGCGACUUCGCCGGACCUCGUAGGCAUUCCGGCCAAGCUUCAUUUGAGCAGUAGGAUUCUCAGCUGUGAGCCGCAAAAUGGUAGCAUUAUAUUCGAAAAUGGAGGAUCGCGUGCAGGAGACCUGGUUAUUGCUGCUGACGGUGUCCAUUCGACUCUCCGCCCGCUCGUCAGUGGGGAGAAUAUCCCGGCGUUUCCAUCUGGUGGCUGCGCGUUCCGGUUUCUCGUCCCAAUAGAAAAGGUCAGGGCGAAUCCUCUGACUGCUCCAUUGGUUCAAAAGAGUGGCGACUUUCAAAUUUGGGAAGGCAAGAAUCGUCGCCUCGUUGUCUAUCCGUGUCGAUCAGCUUACUUUCUGUUUAGCAAUAACACGCAGCUGAACUUUGUCUGCCUCCACCCUGAUACCGAAAAUGAGACAAGCUCGGAAGGUUGGAACAACUCUACCACCAUUGAACACGUCCUAAAGACUUUUAGAGAGUACUGUGAGUCGAUCAGGACGGUCCUGGGUAUGGCUGAUCCCGAGACCAUCAAACUCUGGAGACUCUGGGACCACCACGCGCUCAAGACUUGGGUUCAGGGCCCCACAGCUCUCCUUGGGGACGCUGCACAUCCUUUCCUGCCUCACCAAGGCCAAGGCGGUGCGCAAGCCAUCGAGGACGGCGUAGCUCUGGGUGCACUCUUCCCCCUUGGCACCACUUCGUCGCAAGUCCCUGAGCGUCUGAAGCUGUAUAUGGAGGCAAGGUACGAGCGUGCCACGAUGGUCCAGAACUUUUCGCGACAGAUGGCGUUCCAGACAAGCAACGAGGACAAGAUUGGUGGAUUCAGCAUGGACCCCUUGGAGUUCGCGUCCAAGAACUUUGGCCACGAUGCUUUUCGACAUGCGCAGGAGCUUUUGGUUAAGAUAACAUAG